AACUCCAUAUUUCAUGUUUCGUGACAUACCCCCAAAGAACAGCAAUUAUGUUAGUGAGGCUGCAGGAGCGUUAAACAGCUCUUUCCCAGUUCUUUUUUUUUGUUGUUGUUGUUGUUUUUUUGCUGCCUCUCCAUGCUUUCCUUUCCUGUUUAGAGAUGAGCCUUUUUGCUGUUUGUUUGCCAUGUGCAUGGUUCUUAGGAUAUUAGAGAAAACUCACUGAGAGGCAUGGCUAUUUUUGUUAGAAGCUGAUACUUAAGACUGAGCUUGAAGUAUUGCCGCUGGAAGGCCUGAGGUUGCUCGGUGAGAGCAGGAAUCUGCAGAGGAAAGAGAAAGUUCAGAGGGGCACAAAAGAAGAACGAACAGAAUUAGAAAAAGUGGAGGAUCUCCCUCCUGCAUGUUCUCCAGCUCCUGCAAGAGCGAGCAACCCAGAGGUAUUAUCUAAGCUGCCACUGUAGAUCUUGACCUUUUUAACAGGGUAUUUCUUACCAUCAUCAUCAUGGCCGAGGUUACAGCAGAAGGACGUAUGUCUACGACCACUACAAUAACAGAUGGUAAGAAUGGAUCCGUUCCAUCAUCUAUGAGAAUGGGCAAGAAAUCAGUUACAGAAGACCUUGUGACAACAUUCAGCUCCCCAGCAGCAUGGCUUCUUGUUGUGGCUCUGAUUGUUACCUGGUCAGCAGUAGCUAUUGUAAUGUUUGACUUGGUGGAUUACAAAGCCUUUGCAGCCAGCUAUUCACAACAUUGCGAUGAUCCCUGUUUACCACCUGGAAGAUCUGUUAACAAGCUCAGCACAGAACCACUGAGAAUCAUUCAUGAGACAUUGGAAGAAUCCACUGACUGGCUUUAUGGCUUUAUUUCUUUAUUGUCUGACAUCAUAUGGAGUGACGAUGAUGACAAUGAUGAAGGUGAAGUGGAAUCUUCCGUGAUAAAAGAAAUUCAUAAAGAGAAAACAGAGAGAUAUGAAAAACGAACAACACCAAAAGUAAUACACAGAGAAAAGCCUCAAAAACAAGAAAGAAAUGAAAGGAAGGAACAUCUGAAAGUGACACACAAAGACAGAUCAGAAAAACAAGAAAAACCUGAAAAAAGGGAGAGGCAUGCAGUGAUCCAUAGAGAGAAAUCUGAAAAGCAUGAAAAAAAACCACCUUCUAAAGUAAUUCAGAAACACAAACUUGAAAGACAUGAAAGAACUGAAAAGAAACCUCCUCCCAAAGAGGAGAAGAAAGUAAAGAGCACCAAAGUGGAAACAAAAGUUAAAAAGGAAGUGAAGUAUGGAAAAGGAGAAGUAAAGAUGACUGAGAAGAUCAAGCAGACAGAGACUAAAACAACAGAAGUUGGAUUAAUAAAGGCCAAACCGAAAUUCAAGGAGGAGAAAGCUCUUCAGACUUUUACUAAAUCGGAAAAGAAAGAUCAGUAUGCAUUCUGUCGCUAUGUGAUUGACAUGUUUGCGCACGGGGAUUUUUAUCCAGGACAUAAGGAAGUGGUAUCAUCUCGUCUUCUUCUAGAACAUAGUCCAAGAAAGAAACCAGCAGCUAUUGAAGAGAGAAAGGAGGAAAAGAAAGUGAUGGAUGUAAGGAGGACUACCUCUGAAACUAAGAAGAAAGAAAAAGAAGGAAAAAAAGAGAAAGCACAAGAGAAGACAGCCACCCCUGAAAUUAAAAAAACAGAUAAAAAAGAAGCUGCUGUGACCAAAGAACUCAGAAAGCCAGCAAAAGCCCCUGCAGCUUCUCCAGCCACUAAAAAAGCAGUAGCACCAGAACACAAGAAAGAAAAAACUGUGGAAACUGCAUCUGUGGAAACGCUGAAGUCAAAAACAGUACAUGAA